CUUAUCGUCCUCGGGAUGCCUAGCUGGAGUGGAGCAACAGCUGUGGUGCAAGCAGCCUAUUGUAUCCCGAAAAAAGAGAAGGUGGCAAUUAAACGGAUCAAUCUCGAGAAAUGUCAGACCAGCAUGGAUGAACUCCUGAAAGAAAUUCAAGCUAUGAGUCAGUGCCAUCACCCUAACAUUGUAUCUUACUACACAUCAUUUGUGGUGAAAGACGAGCUCUGGCUAGUGAUGAAGUUACUUAGUGGAGGAUCUGUUCUGGAUGUUAUUAAACACAUUGUGGCAAAAGGGGAGCACAAGAAUGGAGUCCUGGAUGAACCUAAUAUAGCCACAAUUCUAAAAGAGGUGCUGGAGGGGCUGGACUACCUGCAUAAAAAUGGACAAAUCCACAGGGAUGUGAAGGCAGGGAAUAUUCUUCUUGGAGAAGAUGGCUCAGUACAGAUUGCAGAUUUUGGUGUUAGUGCAUUUUUAGCAACGGGUGGUGAUAUUACCAGAAAUAAAGUUAGAAAAACCUUUGUGGGCACCCCUUGCUGGAUGGCGCCAGAAGUCAUGGAACAGGUCAGAGGCUAUGACUUCAAGGCUGACAUCUGGAGUUUUGGAAUCACUGCUAUAGAGCUGGCUACAGGGGCGGCUCCUUACCACAAAUACCCACCAAUGAAGGUAUUAAUGCUGACACUACAGAACGAUCCACCUUCAUUGGAGACGGGUGUGCAAGAUAAAGAAAUGCUGAAGAAGUAUGGGAAAUCGUUUAGGAAGAUGAUUUCAUCAUGUCUACAAAAAGACCCUGAAAAAAGACCAACAGCAGCAGAGCUAUUAAGACACAAAUUUUUCACAAAAGCAAAGAAUAAAGAAUUUCUACAAGAAAAGAUGUUGCAGAGAGCACCAACAAUCACUGAAAGAGCUAAAAAGGUCCGGAGGGUCCCAGGUUCUAGUGGGCGUCUUCAUAAGACUGAAGAUGGUGGCUGGGAGUGGAGUGAUGACGAAUUAGAUGAAGAAAGUGAGGAAGGCAGAGCAGCAAUUUCACAGCUCAGGUCUCCCAGAGUGAAAGAAUCUUUACAAAAUUCUGAGCUGUUCCCACCAGCUGAACCCACAGGUCAUUUGCUCCAUGUUCCAGCCCAGACAGCUGAACUACCUCAACCUGCAGGACAGACACCUGCCCAGCCUUCUCAAAUUGCUGUCCCUCCGUCCGUUCAGAUGCCUGCAGCAGCUCUCGCAGCAGGGCAGGCACCACCUGCCCCUGCUGUUGCACCAGUUCAGGAGGAUGUAAAAGUCCCCAUCAGUCUCGUGCUAAGGUUAAGGAAUUCAAAGAAAGAACUUAAUGAUAUCCGGUUUGAAUUUACCCCAGGGAGAGAUACUGCAGAUGGUGUAUCUCAAGAACUCAUCUCAGCUGGGCUUGUUGAUGGUAGAGAUUUAGUAAUAGUUGCAGCUAAUUUGCAGAAAAUUGUUGAAGAACCCCAGGCAAACAGAUCCGUCACUUUCAAGCUGGCAUCUGGUGUUGAAGGCUCAGAUAUUCCCGAUGAUGGCAAACUUAUAGGAUUUGCACAGCUCAGCAUCAGCUAAACGGCAAUCCCAGGAGAAGUUUCCGUACUGAAAACCUACAUGUGCAUAUUUCUCCUGCUUCUGUUGGCCUGCAACACAAACAAAAGAAAAACCACUACUGCCAAAGAAUUGAACUACAGCCCUCUUCCUAAGGAGCUUUAACGUUUUCUUAAAUAGGAUCACAAACCUAUUUAACUUCUGAAAUUACUGAUUCCAUUUACUGCUUUUGUAAACAACUCUCAUAUGUUUUUUAUAUCUUCAUCUCACACAUGCAGAUCCCACACUUCAUUGCCGGCACGGUCAUUUUAUUAUUGCCUUACUUUAAAAAAAAUACUACUGAGUACGAAACAGGGGUUCCACUUCUCCAAUCAUCUAGCCUAAAUGUUUGCUUCCAUGUGGUUUGGUUUGUUUCACUUGCUGUUUUUGCACAUGUUUAAAUGGCCUUUUUUGUUGUUUUUUUGACUCGUGGACCUGCUUUUAACCUUGCAUCUGCAAUAGCCAAUGGAGAUGCGGAUUGGUCAGCUGGAGUGCGAGGGAGUCUGGCUUAUCUUUAAAACACAAUGUAGUUAAAUGCUGGCACCCCAGAAAGUGAAUCAAGUCUUACCAUAGGACGGCUAAAAUUUUUCUUCCAUGAGAUUUGAGAGAUUUCUUUAAAUUGAGAUCUUAGGUGCCAGUCAUUUAUUCAUCUGCUCCUUUACUAAACUGCUAGUAGCUGUUUCCCCUGUCCCUUUGUUUUGCACCAGUGCCACACUUAGCAUUAAUGCAGAUCUUAAUUUACCAUGAUCAGAUUAUUGCUUCAAGUAGGUCUUUGAUUCUACAUCCUCAAAUGUAGUCCGAUCUUAAAGUAGAACUGGGAGGCUUUCCAGAAACUGACCUUUUAGGGGUUUAGGUGAUGAUCAUUUUUACCCAGGAGAGGAAAUUCACAUUGCUUGGCACUCGGAAAGCCUACACAUUAAAUUGUUGUUCAGAACAAAUCCCUCUGCCCUGCUGAGUCCUUCCUUCUGUGCUUUGCAAACAGGUACAUGUGGAACCAUCCCUGUUCUGUUUUACAGCAAUAAAAUGAUUGCCUGUGUAGCUGUGUACCAGGCAAGUAAGCUCUGGACUUUGUGUCCAUCCUGCACUAACUGCUUGGGUUUUCCAGUAUCGUCUCAACCUGAGCAUCAAAGUUUGAUCAGGAUGUCACUGACCAUGUAACUCACAUUUAGGUUUCGUUAGUAUGUGGUGUUUAAUUUGAAUUUCUACAUAAAUAAUAUAAAUUAUAAUUUUAGUUGAGACACUUGUAAUGCAAUAUGUGAAUAAAAGUGUUGAUUUUUUUCCUACUGUUUCACAGUUCGCCUUUGUAUCUGCUAUUGGCUUUGAAGUGUUUUAUACAAUUAAAUUGUACACCUGUAAUUUAACACAGAAAUAAGGAAAUCUGUUCUGUUUCCAUCCGUUGCAUAACCAUCCAGAAAGGAGUGUUAAAAUGGGACAACUGGGUUCAAUUAGGACUUUUUUAUUUGAGUCUUGUAAUGAACAAUAUAUAUUUAUAUAUUUUCUCUAUGAACAGCUAUGGAAGCUUCCUGAAUUUUGCAUGGUUUUAUACUGCACUUGUUUCUUUAGUCUGUAGUUUAAUAAAUUCCUACUGGGACUGCCAGUUAUGCACAAUCUCAUCGCUAAAUGAGUGCAAAGGGAUGUUGAAGUGCUGAGUACGAGUGUACACAAAGAAACCUGAAGCACAUGACAAUUUUAAUAUAAUGGGAUGGGUGAGUACUGAUUUAAAAUGUGUAUGAAAAGUUUUGGCACCUUCUUGUGGUGUGUGACGCAAAGCACACUCAUAGCUUAUCCUCUGCAGUUGCUUAUUGGCUUUGGGAAGAGCUGGUUGUGAUCUGCACAUUCAUGAAGGCCAGUGAGUGAUAGCGUCUUUAAUUUUUAAAUCUUGGACAAAAAAUGGAGACCAAAUAGUGUUGGUACAGUAUUAUUGCUCCUUUGCCCGCUUGCCAUGCAUACCUCACUGUUCAUUUGCGCACUGGUGCUGAGAAAUGUCAGACUCUAACUGCUCAAGUGAAACAAUGCAGUAUCUAUUUAUUAAAUGAUCCCUGGCCAUCCCUACUUCAGAACUAGCAGAGACAGUGAGUUUGCACUGACAUUGAGGCUUCUGGGUUUUUUUAAUUAAAAAAAUAACUAGAGUGUAUUUGAGAUUAGAUCUCUAGACAUUUUUGGUAGCUCAAAAUUCAAAAUUUUGCUUGGGAUACUACAAUGCUAGGUAACUUUGUUUUUAAGGUUACUUUAAGUGCCAAUGCUGUUCAUAAAAAUAUUUUAACAUAUCAUUAAUGGAUUUGGUUUUUGCUAAAUUGUAGUCUGAAACUAGGACCAGGUGGUAUUUUUUAAUUUAGUUGAUACUCUAAGGAUAAUGCUACAUUAAUGAACAGGGAUUCUCCACAACUUUGUUGUGUUGUAGAUUAUAAUGACAGAUGUAAAAUAUUCUGCCUUUUUUCUUUUGACUUUGUAUUUUAUUGCAUGUAUCUCUGAUUUUUAAUCAAUAACGAAUAAAUUGUCCAUGGCCAUGUG